AGAGAAAACAUUUGUUAUUGUUGCUCUCUCUCUCUCUCUCUCUCUGAAGCUCGCUCAGUCUUCUUCCCUGUAAUUCCAAUCCAUUCAAACAGUCAUUUUCUUCUGCAACCCUUAGGUUCUAUUGCUUGUGCUUUCUCCUCACCGCCUCAAGAUUUUGGAGGGGCUUCGUUUCAAUUGUUCCAAAAGAUUGUAUAAUUAGUCGAAACCUCGAUGGGUCGGAAGAAGCCGACUACUCGCGACGAAGAGAACCCGCAACCUGCAGGGUCGAAAUCGAAGAAGAAGGCGCUGGUAAUUGAAGAUGGUGAGUAUUCAAUCGGAACUGAGCUGUCCGAGGAGUCUCAAGUCCAAGAAGAGAAAGCUGCUGUUACUGGAAAGAAGGGCAAAAAGGGAAAUUCAAAAGCUUCACAGCGCAGGGAUGAGGACUUAGACGAUGUGGGAAAGGUGGACGAGGGUGAUGAUGAGGUUCCCCAAGUCGCUUUCACAGGAAAGAAGAAGGGAAAGUCCAAGAAGAGUGGUGGGAAUAGUGUGUUUAGCGCUUCAAGUUUUGGGUUGCUUGGUGAUGAAGAUGAGGGUGUUGAGGAUGAUGAGAAAUCUGGGUUAACAGGGGACGAGGAGGAGGAUGCUCCGGUGGUGAGUUUUUCGGGCAAGAAGAAGGCUUCUAAAUCGUCAAAGAAAACUGCUGGUAGUUUGUUUACAGGGUCAGCUUUUGAUGUCAUUGGUGAUGAGGACGAUAGUGAUGGUGAGGUUGUUGAUGACUCUGAGGAUAAGAGUAAAGAAGAUGAUGAAAAUGAGCCUGUAAUUGCGUUUACGGGGAAGAAGAAGCCGUCCAAGGGUGGAAAGAAGGUGGGGAGUGUGUUUGCAGCAGCUAGCUUCGAUGCCCUUGAUGAUGCGGAUGAGGAUAAGGAUGAAGAGAAAGAUGCGGACGAUGAUGUUCCUCAGAUUACUUUCUCCGGUAAGAAAAAGAAGUCAUCAAAGGCUUCAAAGAAGAGUGGUGGUAAUGCUUUUAGCGCAGCAUUGCUUGACGAGGGAAAUGAUGAAAAUACUUCUGUAUCCGAAUCAACUAGAGUUGGUUAUGACGGAGUUGAGGACGAAGAUGCAUCUGUGAUUGCAUUCACAGGUAAGAAGAAGUCUUCCAAAAAGAAAGGUAAUAGUGUUAUUACUGCAUCGAGUGAAGAAACUAAGGUUGGGGCUGAAAAUACAGAUGUAGUUGAACCAGAACAACCAAGUAAGGAAACUAGUAAAAUUGAAGCUGACGAUGCUAAAGUUAACAAGAGUAAAGAGGUUCCAGAAACUUCAAAAAGUAAGAAAAAGAAGAAGAAAAGUGGAAGGACUGCUCAGGAAGAGGAUGAUUUGGAUAUGAUUCUUGCUGAGCUAGGUGAGGGGUCUUUUGCAUCGAAACCUGCAGCUGCUGCUAUGAAAGAGGAGAAAGUUGAGGUUCAACCUGAUAUAGUCGCCCCGGUUGAUGGUUCAGGUGAAAAGGAAGGUGAAGAAGAGACUGUGGAGUCUGCUGCGGCGAAGAAGAAGAAAAAGAAGAAGGACAAGGAAAAGGAGAAAAAGGCAGCAGCUGCAGCAGCGGCUGCAGGGACUGCUACUGCUUCUGUGGCCAUUGAGGAUGAAAAACUAGAAGAAAAAAAAAUUGAACCGAAAGAAUCCAAGAAGAAUGAAGUGAAAGGUAAAGCAGCAGACAAGAAAGUGCCAAAGCAUGUUAGGGAGAUGCAAGAGGCCCUUGCUAGGAGGAAGGAGCAGGAAGAGAGGAAGCAAAGGGAAGAAGAGGAGAAACGGAGGAAAGAAGAAGAGGAGAGGCUUAGGCUGGAAGAACUUGAAAGGCAAAAGGAAGAGGCCAGGCGUAAGAAAAAAGAAAGAGAAAAGGAGAAGCUACAAAAGAAGAGACAGGAAGGCAAGCUUUUAAGUGCAAAGCAAAAAGAAGAAGCCCGUCGGCUGGAGGCAAUGAGAAACCAGAUACUUGCUAAUGCAGCUAAUGCAUCAGGGAGUUUGCCUCUCCCUACCACAGACAAUGAGAAAAAAGCUAAACGACCUUUGUAUCAGAAAAAGAAGUCAAAAGCAGUACCCAAUCAUGCAAAUGGUGUGGCUCCUGUGAACCCAGUGGAAAGCAUAGAAGAAGAAGAAAACCAGCAAGACACCGUUCCUGAGCUGUACUCUGUGGAAUUUGACAAGGUUGAAGAGGUAGAAUCAGUGGACCUAGAGGACAAAUCUGAAGUUGCUGAAUCUGUUAAAGAGAAUGGAGUCGAAGAAGAAGAAGAAGAUGAUGAUGAAGAAUGGGAUGCAAAGAGCUGGGAUGAUGCUGUUGUUAACCUUUCUCUUAAAAGUGGAUUUUCUGAUGAAGAGGUUUACUCUGAGCCUGAACCUGUCGUGAGAAAAGACAUAAAGAGUGCAGGUUCCAAGUUGGCAGUUUAUGCCCAGAGAAGCGUUCCUUCUCAACCAAUAAAAUCUCAGGAUGCUGAGAAUAAGAAAAAACAACCGGAGAUUGAUGCUGAUAGAAGUAGGAAGAAAGAGGCUACUGCUAAAAAAGAAGCACCAAGUUCAGAUUCUGCCACUAAAGAGGGUGAAGAUAACCUUCGUUCUCCUAUUUGCUGUAUUAUGGGCCAUGUUGAUACUGGUAAAACUAAGCUGCUGGAUUGUAUCCGAGGCACAAAUGUUCAGGAAGGUGAGGCUGGAGGUAUUACUCAGCAGAUUGGCGCAACAUAUUUUCCUGCUGAGAACAUCCGUGAGAGAACUAAGGAACUGAAAGCUGAUGCAAAGCUGAAGGUCCCAGGUUUAUUGGUAAUUGAUACCCCUGGGCACGAGUCAUUCACUAAUUUGCGGUCACGGGGUUCAGGUUUAUGUGAUAUUGCCAUUUUGGUUGUUGACAUCAUGCAUGGCUUAGAGCCUCAAACAAUAGAGUCACUCAAUCUUUUGAAAAUGAGGAAUACGGAAUUCAUUGUUGCAUUGAACAAGGUGGACAGACUCUAUGGGUGGAAAACCUGCCGCAAUGCACCAAUUGUUAAGGCAAUGAAGCAACAAACUAAGGAUGUGCAAAAUGAGUUCAAUAUGAGGCUCGUACAGAUUAUCACUCAAUUCAAGGAGCAGGGGUUAAAUACUGAAUUGUAUUAUAAGAACAAAGAAAUGGGGGAAACAUACAGUAUUAUACCUACAAGUGCCAUUAGUGGUGAAGGGAUUCCAGAUAUGCUGUUACUGUUGGUUCAAUGGACCCAGAAAACUAUGGUUGAGAAACUUACUUACAGCAACGAAGUGCAGUGUACGGUUUUGGAGGUUAAAGUUAUUGAAGGCCUUGGGACAACAAUUGAUGUUGUAUUGGUUAAUGGCGUGCUUCAUGAAGGAGAUCAAAUAGUUGUUUGUGGCAUGCAGGGACCUAUUGUUACUUCAAUUCGAGCUUUAUUGACACCACAUCCGAUGAAAGAACUUCGUGUGAAGGGAACUUAUCUGCAUCAUAGUGAAAUUAAGGCUGCACAGGGUAUCAAGAUUACAGCACAGGGUCUUGAACAUGCUAUUGCUGGCACUGCUCUAUAUGUGGUAGGGCCUCGUGAUGACUUGGAAGAGGUGAAGGAAGCAGCUAUGGAAGACAUGAAGUCAGUCUUGAACAGGAUUGACAAGAGUGGUGAGGGAGUUUGCGUACAAGCAUCUACUCUAGGCUCCUUGGAAGCAUUGCUAGAGUUUUUGAAGACUCCAGAAGUUAAUAUUCCUGUUAGUGGUAUUAGCAUAGGCCCCGUACAUAAAAAGGACGUCAUGAAGGCCAGUGUAAUGCUCGAAAAGAAAAAGGAGUAUGCCACCAUCCUGGCAUUUGAUGUCAAAGUGACACCAGAGGCCCGGGAAAUGGCAGAUGAUUUAGGUGUGAAGAUUUUUAUUGCUGAUAUCAUCUAUCACUUAUUCGAUCAAUUUAAGGCCUAUAUUGACAAUCUCAAGGAGGAAAAGAAAAAGGAAUCUGCUGAUGAAGCUGUCUUUCCCUGUGUGCUCAAGAUUUUACCCAACUGUGUUUUCAACAAGAAGGAUCCAAUUGUGUUGGGAGUUGAUGUUCUGGAAGGCAUUGCGAAGGUUGGGACUCCAAUUUGUAUUCCGCAAAGGGAUUUUAUUACUAUUGGGCGAAUUGCAUCCAUUGAAAAUAACCACAAACCUGUUGAUAUAGCGAAGAAGGGGCUGAAGGUAGCCAUUAAGAUAGUUGGGACAAAUUCUGAUGAACAGCAAAAGAUGUUUGGUAGGCAUUUUGAAAUUGAAGAUGAACUUGUCAGUCAUAUCUCAAGGAGGUCGAUUGAUAUACUAAAAGCGAAUUACCGGGAUGAGCUAUCAAUUGACGAAUGGAAGCUGGUUGUGAAAUUGAAGAAACUUUUCGAGAUACCAUGAGUGAAGCUCAUGCGAUACCGGAGCAGUUCUUUUAUAACACAACACCUGUGGGCUUUACUGACUUCAGCGGCAAUCAGAGAGAAUGCCGAGAUUCCUUGUGGAAAGAUUUUUGAUCUUUAAGCGACACCAAUACAUUUAGGCACUCAAGUUCAAAUGCCAUAUGUGGAGAGUGGAGAGGGAGCAAAAGUAGUUCCAGCUCGUGUUUCCAUGAGGUCCUUUUUCCAGAGUUGAAAGUUGGGCCUGUUCUGAUUUUUUUUUUUUAUCAUGUUAGGCUACACUACGUUGUUUUGCCCUUGUAGUUUGCAUCCGUAUCUUUUUGGAACUCUAGUCUCUAUAGGUUAUAAUACCCACCUUACAAGUCUGUUGAUGGAAAAUGUAUUUUAGGUGCACGUGAGCUCGCUUUCGAAGAGUAAUAUUGAAAUUUUCAUGGCAAACAAGCUUAGUUGUGUCCUCUUCAAAACCCUACUGGGCUGGCAGGUAAAACUCGGGAAAGAGCUGAAAAUCGACAGCGAAGAAGCUAGCAAAAUGGCAAGAAAAGCAUCUUAUCCCUUGUUUUGCUGAUGAUAAAAUACAUAUACUUGAAGGAUUUUAUUUUUCAUUUUUCAUUUUUGCCUCAAGAGACAUGACUCUUUUAUGAAAAGUUUUUGGCUGUUUCUAUCU